UUGUCCCUUUGGUUGGCUAGGUCCAGGGGCGUCGGUCAUGUGAUCGAGGCGUGAACUCGCGGGUAUAUAAUCUGUAGCAUGACCCGUUGUAGCCUCAGUAAGAGUUCUGAAAGGUAGUUGUGGUCAGGUUUGUUGAGGGCUUCUUCCGUGGCAGUUACUACAAGAGGCCACUUCGCCCGGAUACACCUGCGACAACUACCCAUUUCUCUCCCGAACGACCAACAUCUUCGUUCUCCGACUCUUACAACAGCCACCACCAUCGUCGACUGACAUUUCUCAAGUUACUUACUGGGAAAGACAAAGAUACAACAACAACAUCAAGAUGAAGUCGUUUACUGCUGCCCUUCUCAUGUCUCUCUUCUUCGUUCUUCUUCUUCUCCAGAACAGCGAAGGUGCUCCUCGUUGUACUCAACAUGAUCGUCCCCCACCAGAGAAGUGCACGUAUGGCACCGUCCUGGAUUGGUGUAGGAAUGAAGUGUGCGCUAAGGGACCCGGAGAAACUUGCGGAGGCCACUUCUGGGAACAGGGCAAGUGCGGUGAGGGCACCUUCUGUUCUUGCGGCACCUGCACUGGCUGCUCUGUGAUCACAAGGCGAUGCUUCCGCUCGGCCCUUGUCUGCUAAUAGAGGAGAGAAAGACACCCGGAAAGAUCACCGCUGGCGAGUUGAGUCAAACAUUCACCCACGUUCUCACCUCCGGAUUGCUUCCUCCUUCAACUUCUUCCUUAUCCUCUAGAUGAAUUUACUCACUGAAAGGGAAUGAGUGUCAGCAAAGUUUAUAGCUAUUCCCCAUGGCGUCCAUCGCCAUCAUCAGCACUCAGACCUCUGGAUUUCUUCCCACUUCAUCUUCCGCUCAUUCAAGACGAAUUGACUCACUGGAAAGGGGUUGGAAGUUUCUGCCUUGUCUUAACCCCUUUUGUGCGUCGACGUCAUCAGCAUUCUUCACCUUAUCUGACCGCCAGAAUCAUCCAAUUCCAGAGCUGACCUCCACAAUGGCGUUUCCUAUCUAUGGCAAACAAUUUUUAUCAUUCAUUUCGCAGAGCCAGAAAGUACGCCAGGAAAAAUAGGUUAUCCAAUGGCAGCCGAAAGUAAAUGUAAUUAACUCCUGGUUGGGUGGCUGACGGCCAGACUUCAUGAAACAGCAAGUAGAACACCGAGAGAUUGAUUGUCAGCCAUGUAUCAGCGGCUGGAUUAGACCCAACCAGAAGUCGCAGAAGAGACUGAAACUAGCAUUGUUCCAGUAAAGAAACGCAGUCAAAAGAGUUUAAGAGAAGCCAAUGAUGACGUGCCAACUGGUGAUCGAACUCCACCCAAAGGACAGAAAGCCUAAAAAGUCUAAUAGUGUUAUAUCCAACCAAAAGGAGCAGUCAAGGUCUAAGAAGUCAGUCAUUGCAUCCAAACACAAGGUGCUGUCAGAUUCAACGGAGCUGAUUGUGUGUCAACUGCUUGGUCAAGUGUGAGAGAUUCCAACGGUGGUCGAGAGUCUUCAACCAAGCACCCACCUUCUCGUUUGUGGCACCACAUAUCCUGCAGUCAUGACCAACGCACUUGGUAGCUUUAAGAAGAGGAUCCUCCCGCUAUGUUACCCAUUCUCAUAGAACGUUAAGUCCUCUUAAUAUAAUAUUGCCUUAUGCAUAUAUGCGCUUGUGAUAUAUAUAAGUACAAAUAUUAUUAGGUAUUAAGAGAUACUUGAUGAGGUCGUCUGAGCUGCUCUGGCGGAACCUGAUUUUCAGUCAAUGCAAUCUUAUUGACAUAGCCUUAAUCUCUCUCUCUCUCUCUCUCUCUCUCUCUCUCUCUCUCUCUCUCUCUCUCUCUCUCUCUAUGUCAACCAAAA